UUAUUAAUUAACAAUAGUAGCAGGAAAAAAACGAAACAAUCUGAAAAUAUUUGAUACCCUUUGCACUGUUGGCUAUAUUAAAGAGAGAGAUCCCCAGAGCUUGGAAUCUAUCCUUUGCAAAAACAGAUUGGAGAGCCACACAAAUCAAAGCUUGCCACAAGCUCUGUCCCUCUCUCUCUUGUGCUCUGCUUCCCUCAAAAUCAAACCUUGAUAAUAUGCAAAUAUCCUAAUCCAAAAAUCAACAAGAGCAAGCAUUACCCAAUGGAGGCUGAAAGGCCCCCACUUCCACAACACAACUCUCACACUAAGCCCCUCUCUCGCCUCAACGAAUACGUAGCCAAAACCAGAGUUGGCAAAUGGUUCAAGCUCUCCCAACGCAACUCCACCUUCACCACCGAGCUCCGCGCCGGCACCGCCACCUUCCUCACCAUGGCCUACAUCCUCGCCGUCAACGCCUCCAUCCUCUCCGACUCCGGCGGCACCUGCUCCGUCUCCGAUUGCGUCCCUCUCUGCUCAGACCCAUCCAUCCCUCUCUCCGCCUGCUCGGGCCUAUCCCUCCGCGUGAUCCAGCCCGACGCCUCCUGCAAAUUCAGCCCGGUUAACCCGGGCUACGCGGCCUGCCUCGAAAACACGCGCAAGGACUUAAUCGUAGCCACUAUAGCAUCGUCUCUUAUUGGCUGCUUCAUCAUGGGCACGUUCGCGAACCUCCCUUUGGGCCUCGCACCGGGCAUGGGUUCAAACGCGUAUUUUGCUUACACCGUCGUGGGCUUCCACGGCUCUGGCAACGUCUCCUACCAAAGCGCCCUCGCCGCAGUCUUCAUCGAAGGAGCAAUCUUCCUCCUCGUCUCCGCAAUCGGGCUUCGCGCCAAGCUCGCCAAACUCGUCCCCAAGCCCGUCAGAAUAAGCUCCUCGGCCGGAAUCGGGCUUUUCUUAGCAUUCAUCGGGCUUCAAAGCAACCAAGGAAUCGGGCUCAUCGGGUACAGCGCAUCCACCUUAGUCACCCUCGGCGCCUGUCCAACCUCCUCACGUGCCUCACUCGCACCCGUCUUAACGGCAGCUAACGGCACCGUUAGUUUACUACCCGGAGGAACCGUCUCGGGUGAUAUUCUCUGUCUGAAAGACAGAAUGGAAAGCCCGACCCUCUGGCUGGGCCUCGUGGGCUUUAUUAUAAUCGCGUACUGCCUCGCGAAGAAUAUUAAAGGCGCGAUGAUAUACGGCAUCGUUUUCGUCACCGUUGUGUCGUGGUUCCGUGGCACUAAAGUGACGGCGUUUCCGAACACGGACGCCGGUAACUCCGCGCACGAGUACUUCAAGAAGGUGGUGGAUGUUCACACUAUAAAAACCACCGCGGGAGCGUUGAGCUUCAAGAACAUUGGAAAAGGGUAUUUUUGGGAAGCCGUGGUUACGUUCUUGUACGUUGACAUUCUCGACACGACAGGAACGUUGUACUCCAUGGCGCGUUUCGCGGGCUUCACCGACGACAAGGGGGGCUUCGAGGGACAGUACUUCGCGUUCAUGUCGGACGCCACGUCGAUCGUGGUGGGGUCCUUGCUCGGCACCUCGCCGGUGACGGCGUUUAUUGAAUCCUCGACGGGGAUCCGGGAAGGUGGGAGAACAGGAAUCACGGCGUUGACGGUGGCGGCGUAUUUCUUUUUAGCGUUUUUUUUCACGCCGUUGCUGGCUUCGAUUCCGGCGUGGGCGGUGGGGCCGCCGUUGAUUCUGGUGGGGGUUUUGAUGAUGAGAUCGGUGGUGGAGAUUGAUUGGGAGGACAUGAGGGAAGCGAUACCGGCGUUCGUGACGCUCAUUCUGAUGCCGUUGACGUAUUCGAUUGCGUAUGGGCUUAUUGGUGGGAUUGGGACAUACAUUGUGUUGAACCUUUGGGAUUGGGGGUGGGAGGGUUUGGGGCACUUUGGGCUUGUGAAAAAAAUGAAAAAAACAACGACCACGACAACAACAGCAAUGGCUAAUUCGGAUGAGGAUUCCCAUCAUCAUCAUAAUGGGGUCAAUGGUGUACUACAAAAUCAACAUUCUCCACAAAAUCCAACUGCUAAAGCACUGCAACUAGAGCCUUAGUUUUUAGGGGUAUGUGGUUCUGUUCUUUAUGUAAUAAUGUGCCCCUUUUUUUUCUUCUUGAUACAUCAAUUUCACAAGGUUGAAGAAUUCUUUGUGUAGGGAAUUUUAUUAUUAUGAUGAUGCCACUGUGAAUACAUUCCAAUUCCAUGUCUUAUUUUACCCAUCUUUUUCUUCCCGCGAUUUGAAAAUAAAAUAAAUCGAAAACUUGGAUGGAUA